AUGACUAUGUCAGAAAACACAAGGGAUUUAGCAGAAAGGUCAGCUACAUCAGACCUCAACACAGCAUUGCAUGAGUGUAUGGCAGCUCUGGAUUUAUUUCUUAACAACAAAUUCUCGGAUGCUUUGGCUUCUUUACAAGCAAAAACUAAAGAUAGUAUGUAUCAUGCUCUGACUUAUGCCACCAUAUUGGAAAUGCAAGCUAUGAUGACUUUUGAUCCUCAGGACAUACUGAAUGCAGGACACACAAUGAAGGAAGCUCAAGCCACCUGUCAAAAAUUUAGGAAGAAAUCUACAGUAGCUGAUUCUAUCAACAGCCUUGUGCAUAGACAAAGCCUUGAACACUUCACUGAAGAGGAAAUCCAUGCAGAAAUUUGCUAUGCUGAAUGUUUACUUCAGAGAGCAGCACUCACAUUCCUACAGGAUGAGAAUAUGGUUAGCUUCAUAAAAGGAGGCAUCAAAGUCCGAAACAGUUACCAAACAUAUAGGGAGCUGGACAGUCUCAUACAGUCUCCACAUUAUGUCAAAGGCGAGAACCAUCUUCAUUUUGAGGGAGGUGUAAAACUUGGAGUUGGGGCAUUUAAUCUGACACUGUCCAUGUUUCCCACACGGAUUCUGAGAUUGCUGGAGUUUGUUGGAUUUUCUGGAAACAAGGAGCGUGGUCUGCUGCAGCUUCAAGAAGGAGCAUCAUCAUACAGCUUUAGGUCGGUGCUGUGUACCAUGCUGUUGCUUUGCUAUCAUACUUUCAUGACCUUUGUGUUAGGGACAGGAAAAGGAAAUGUUGAGGAGGCCGAAGCACUACUGAAGCCGUACUUGGCACGCUAUCCAAAGGGAGCCAUAUUCCUGUUUUUUGCAGGCAGGAUAGAAACACUGAAGGGUAAUAUUGAUGCGGCAGUUAAAAGGUAUGAAGAAUGUUGCGAGGCUCAGCAAUACUGGAAGCAGUUUCACCACAUGUGUUACUGGGAGCUCAUGUGGUGCUUCACCUACAAGCGCCAGUGGAAGAUGGCUUUCUUCUAUGCUGACCUGCUAAGCAAAGAAAACACUUGGUCAAAGGCUACUUACAUUUACAUGAAAGCUGCUUUUCUCAGUAUGUUUGGACCAGAUGACUGCAGUCCUUUUGGAGACAGUGAAGUUGAAUUAUUUAGGAUUGUUCCCAGUUUGAAACUGAAAAUUGCAGGGAAGUCACUGCCUACAGAAAAGUUUGCAAUUCGGAAAGCUCGACGGUAUCUUUCUUCAAACCCCAUUCCUUUGCCUGUUCCACCUUUGGAAAUGAUGUAUAUCUGGAAUGGCUAUGCUGUAAUUGGACAGUGUCCCAACUUAACAGAAGGCAUGUUAGAGACUUUAAUUGAAGCAGAGGAAGCACUGGCAAGAAGUUCAGCUACAGAAUUACUAGCAGAUGACCAGUGUGUGAUAAAACUGUUAAAGGGAUUAUGCCUCAAGCAUUUGGGCAAGAUCUCAGAAGCAGAAGACCACUUUAAUUACAUCUAUUUAAAUGAGAAGAAGAUAAAAUAUGACCAUUAUCUGAUUCCAAAUGCCUUGCUGGAGCUGGCAAUACUGUAUCUAGACCAGGAUAGAAGAGAAGAAGCAAUAAAACUACUGGAAAGAGCAAAACAAAACUACAAGAAUUACUCCAUGGAAACAAGAACACAUUUCAGAAUUCAAGCUGCCCUGCACCAAGCCAAAUCCACCCCAGAAAAUGGAAUGCACUCUGGAGCCUCGGCAGUGUCGUAA